UUAAAUUAGUUUUGCUCCUGGCUAUAUUCAUGCCUUUCAUCUCACCCACACUCUUCCGCUCAACAAUCCACACAGCCCGUACUCACUUCCCCACCUCUUCAGUCACAAGCGCAGCUCGUUCCAUAAGCUUCAGUCUUCCAUUCGCAUUUUUCAGCUCAUCCGCCUCCGCCAACAUGUCUCAACCUGCCAAGGUCCAGAAAUCCGACGACGAAUGGCGUGCAAUUCUUAGUCCGGAGCAAUUCCGAGUUCUGAGACAGAAGGGAACUGAGAGGCCAGGCUCUCACCCUUACGAUCACUCCAACGACAAAGGUGUUUACCACUGUGCCGGAUGUGAUGCCCCCUUGUAUACAUCGAACACCAAGUUCCAAUCUGGAUGUGGAUGGCCAGCCUUUUACGAUACCAUCCCAGGUGCCGUUAACCGUCAUGAAGAUAGGAAUUUCGGGAUGACUCGUACGGAGAUUACAUGCGCCAAUUGUGGCGGUCAUUUAGGUCACGUCUUCAAGGGGGAAGGUUUUCCUAACCCGGUUGAUGAACGACACUGUGUCAACGGAAUUUCCCUCAACUUCAAGAAUGAAUAGAUUCAAAUGUGGAAUAUGUUGUUUUAGGGGACAGAGAGUAAUCUUAUGCAAAACUUCGUGCCAGCUGUUUAUGUGACUGAACUGAAAGUCUGCCAUCUUAUCUGAGGUUGGAAUAGGAAUGCAAAUGGGUUACAUAGGGUAAAAGAACACAAGGCAGGAGAGAAGAACAAAAAAAAAGAAACGACGGAUAUCUGUAUGCAGUAUUGGGUAAAGGGGUAAAUGAAGGCUUUAUUGAAUAAAGCAUUAUGAAAU